AUGAAUAUGUUGGAUGAUGAAGAUGACCAAAGCUUUCACGCUACGCGUGACGGCUACUCCCAUUUGAGCGAUGUCGAAUGGGAUGCGGUUGAACGGAUGGGUUCAACCAUGGGCAUCCAUGCUGUUAGCGUCAUGCUAGAGGCUCUCAAGAGAGAUGCUCAACAUGCUACUAUCGCCAAGUUCAUUCAAAAUGAACUUGACGCAGAACGCGAGAAAGUAGCCUUGCUUCACCAACAAGGUUCUCAACAAGCAGAGUUGUUGAGAGAACAAGGUGCUCAACAGUUUGAACUGUUGAGACAGCAGCAGGCUGCUGCUGGUGGGUCGAUGCACUCGCGUCGGCCCGAGACUUUGAAGAUUGACAUCUCCAAGGCGCGUCGCAUCGACGACGGGGAUAUGCAAGUUGCAUUUGCCCAGUCAAAUCUGGCAGGACGUGCCAAGACUUGGGCACUGGGGCUCAAGCUGCACGACCCAUAUGCGUUUGGGUCGUUGGAAGUCUUCAAGUCGCGGCUCAGACAAACGUUUGAACCGCCUAGAGCUGAGUUCAGAGCUCGAACCGAACUCUUGAAGCUCAAGCAGGGUAAGCGUGAUGUGCACGCUUACGCUCAACAUAUACGACAUCUCACGAGUUGUAUAAGUUCCAAUCCGGUGGAUGAACACACGUUGGUUUCGGUGUUCAUGCAGGGUCUUGCGGAUGGUCCCGUCAAGACUCACCUGUUCCGGCUUGAACUAGAUUCACUAGAACAAGCCAUUUCCAUUGCGGAGCAGGAAGACUUCAGUCUGAGACAGGCUCGCGCCAGCUCGACAUCAUAUCGUCAACCGAGACGAUAUGACAACGGAGGUCCAGAGCCGAUGGAACUCUGUUAUGUAGAGAGCGAGAAGGCUCGCUCUACAGGCUACAAGAAGUUGCAGAGAUGCAACAGAUGUCAAAAGACAGGACACUACGCUUACGAGUGUAGUGCCCCUCGUCCAGUGUCUCGCGACACUGGGCGUAGUGACCGUCCACCCAUGAGAAAGGGGCAGGGACGCGGGUCCGCUAUUGGUGCAAAGUUGCAACAACGGGAUGGACCGUCAAAAAACGGACAGGAUCAGUAG